AUGUUGCGAUCAUCGCUCCGGUCAACCAGGCUGCUCAGCGGCCAGCCCAUUGCGGCUGCUGCGGGGCGCCAAUGGGCCGCCGCUGCGUCGCGACGCUCGGUUCUGCUUCAAAACAGAUACUACGCCGAUCAGAAGUACCCCGAUGUCCCCAAACCCCCCGUUCUGCCGACCUCCGAGAUCAAGAGCUCCGAACGCUCCCCCGCGCCCGCCGAGGAGACAAUUGAGAAGAAGGUCGGCCUUGAUGAGGUCCCUCUGACUCCUCCUCCCGUGCCCGAGGAUAUCAUCGCAAAGGCUGCCACCACUGCGGCUAAUACCCCUCAAGUCGCAGGCAGUGGUAGCAAGUCGACUCCUUCGCCUCCUCCGUCUCCUCCGUCUAUCAAGAAGAAGGGCUUCAUGGCCCGUCUCCGACGCUUUUUCGCUUCUCUGAUCCUCCUUGGCGUCAUCGGGUUUGCCGGUGGUGUUUGGUACUCGCGCAUCAACGACACCUUCCACGAUAUCUUCACCGAGUUUGUGCCCUUCGGUGAGCAGGCCGUUCUGUACCUUGAGGAGCUCGAGUUUCAGAAGAAGUUCCCUAAUGCUCACCGCGCCGGCUCCACUCGUCCUGUUUCUAGCACCGGUGAGCAGGUGCGCAUCCCAGCUCAGAGCGGCGCGUCAUGGCGAGUUGCGGACAGCGGCGAGCCUGUCGGCCGUCAAUCAACCUCCGCUUCUUCCUCGCGCAGCAAGCCAGCCCCCAAGUCCGAUGAGGUCGUGAAGAAGGAGCCCGUACCUGCAGAGGCCAAGCCUGUCGAGACCCGACCUGCCACCGUUGCCAGCAAAGAAUCCAAGGACUUCAAGGCCCCCGAGGUCAACGAACCCUCUCGCUUCCCUCCCCUGGAGCCCAUCGACUUGAUGAGUCUUCCCGACGCCAAGGAGCCAAUCGUCCAAGACCUUGUCCGCAUGCUCAAUGACCUCAUUCUCGUCAUCAACGCCGACAAUGCCCACGGAAAAUACUCGACCACCGUUGCCAAGGCUAAGCGUGAAGUCGGCGAGGUUGGCGACAAGCUCAAGGCUCUCAAGACUGACGUUGAGAAGAAGGCUGCCAGCGAGGUCAAGUCCACGAUUGCCGAGUUUGACAAGGCGGCCACCGAGCUCGUAAAGCGGGUCGAGAACACCAUGGUCCAGCAAGAGGCAUCAUGGCGUCAGGAAUUUGAGAAGGAAAUGAACAAGGUUCGCGACACAUACGAUCAGCGUGUCAAGCUCCUGCUUGAGCGUGAGCAAAAGCUCAACGAGGAGAAGCUUCAGACCAAGCUCCUGGAGCAGGCUCUCGCCCUGAAGAAGGAAUAUGUCAAGGAGGUCGAGAACCGCGUCGAGACUGAGCGCGAAGGUCGUUUGAGCAAGUUGAACGAGCUCACAUCCGCUGUGGCCGAGCUCGAGAAGCUGACUGUUGGCUGGAACAACGUUCUUGACACUAAUCUAAAGACGCAGCAGCUUCAUGUUGCUGUCGAGGCCGUUCGUGCUAGCCUUGAGGGUGCAACUCACCCCAAACCCUUUAUCAAGGAGCUCGUGGCGCUCAAAGAGAUUGCCGCCAACGACGAUGUCGUCGACGCUGCUAUCUCCUCCAUCAACCCUUCUGCCUAUCAGAAGGGCAUCUCUUCCCCCUCAUAUCUUAUCGACCGCUUCCGUCGUGUAGCUGGUGAAGUCCGCAAGGCUUCCCUGCUGCCCGAUGACGCCGGCGUUGCGAGCCACGCUUCCAGCUGGGUUCUGAGCCAUCUCAUGUUCAAGAAGCAGGGUCUUGCCGAGGGCGACGAUGUUGAGAGCAUCCUGACCCGCACGCAGACGUUCCUCGAGGAGGGCGAUCUGGACGCUGCUGCCCGUGAGAUGAACGGCCUCGAGGGUUGGGCCAAGACGCUCAGCCGCGACUGGCUCGGAGAGGUUCGCAAGGUGCUGGAGGUGCAACAAGCACUCGAUGUCAUUGCCACAGAGGCUCGCCUACAGAGCUUGCGUGUAGACUAA